AUGGAACAGUCCAACCACGACGUUGCUCCAUUGAACAUCGUCAAGGGGAGAGCGCGUCCGCCAGUACCUCACCUCAACUUCUCGUCCAGCAGCUCGACCGCCACAAUCGGUCGUACACAAGGACGAAUGACGCCUCCAUCAACUCCCCACACAUCAGAAGACGUGGUCAUGUCCGAGCCUAUCGAAGAUGAUCGCCCAAUAUUUCACAACUACCUCCGUGCAUUUUACCCAUUCCACCCUUCCGGUGCCGUAUCACCAUCGACAGUCACUCUCCCAUUGAACCAAGGCGAUAUUAUCCUAGUUCACUCAGUUCACGUCAAUGGCUGGGCCGAUGGAACUCUACUAGAAACUGGCGACCGAGGAUGGCUUCCUACUAAUUAUUGUGAAGCCUACGAUCAAAUACCCAUGCGUCCACUUUUAAAAGCUUUGACCGAUUUCUGGGAUAUCAUUCGAGGAGGAUGUGGUAGCUUUCUUCGCGACUUUGGUAACCAAGACCUUAUGAGAGGUCUCAUUGCAGGAGAGAAAGCAGAGUGCUUGACACGCGAGGCGCCGCUGGUCCAAAGAUAUGAUGGAUUACGUCGGAACCGCAAGGCUUUGCUUGCCGAUCUUUCUUCUCUGGUCAAGUCCGCUAAACGUUUACAAGAAUUGGCCAAUGGCGCCCCUCGGGAUGAAGAAGUCGAACAGGUCCUGGACGACAUGCUUCUCAAAUCCUUCAAAAUAGUUACUCGUGGCGUACGAUUUCUAGAUGUAUGGAACGAACAUGUCGGCCUUACGAGAGCUAUUCUGGAAUUGGAGCCCAAUGCCGAAGAUACUUAUGGCUCACCAGUCCAGACCCCUUCGACAGAAACGUUCUCCAUCUCUGACCGCAGCACAACAGCUAGCACAGAAAGAAAUUGGAGUCGUCCCAUACACAGCCAAGCUUCAAACUAUGGAGAAAAUACCGCCUGCUCUGGAUAUACUCGCCCCCCAUCAUCAUCACUCAAAUCAGACCGAGGGAACCGAAUCUCUGUUUCCCACAGAGUCUCUUACACAGGACCGGCAGCUAGUCAGCGAAACGCGGAUCUCGCCUCCGUACGACUGGGCGCGGCGUAUGACGCUUUCCUAGGAGUUUUGGGAUCCUUCAUUGGCCUUCAUUUGCAAUCGCGAUCGUCGACAGAGCUCAUUGUGACCACGCAACAAUCUGUGACUUCCUGCCAGGUGCUACUUAACCUUGUUGAGGCAAUCUGGGAGCAUGACUUCCAGCGAUCCUUAGAAUUGGGGGAAGCCAAAAACACCAUGUACGACCGCAUCGGUGAAUUAGUUUACGCCGCCCGUGAUAUUUUCCGACCAAACUCAACUGGUGAUGAAGUUCCUUUUAUGCCUGACGAAGGAAAGCGCCUGGUGAAUGCCGCUACAGAUUGUGUGCGUGGAGCUGGUAGCUGUGUGCUUCUAGCUCGCGCCGUUUUGGAACAGAUUGGUGACUUUGAGGUCAAUCUGCUGACCACCACGCCGUCGAUCGCAGAGGAUUCAAGUGAAGCUCCCGAGCAAGCCGAUGUUCAGAUGGAAGAUACUGAACCCCGGCAAUCCUCACUCCGCUUGCUACCGCCGCCAAUAUCGAUUCCCCAGCGUGACUUGGCUCCUGCUACUCCUGCUUUGACUACAGGUGUUACGCCAUCAUCCAUUCUAUCCAGCACCGGCUUGCAAAGUCCAAAGCUCGAUGUUGACAUCAACACAGCUCCCCUUGUUAUGAACGAUAUCAGCCCAUCUGAUUCGACAUAUCAAGACCAUGUUGCUCAGGAUGAUCCACAAGCUCUGUAUCGCUAUGAGACUCGGGGCACGACAAGUACUGGAAGCUCCUUCACAUACAAGAGCACCAUUCGUGACUCAGAAAUGAGUGGUGUUUCACAAACAUCAACACGCGCUACAUCCCCGGAUAUUGGCGGCACUGAUAAUAUUCGCUCCCUCAAGGAAAGCCUGAGCCGAUCGACUCUGGCUGAAGAGGCUGACGAGACGGAGGCUGCAAUUCUAGGAAGGACGUAUGCACAUGAGUUGAUGUUCAAGGAUGGUCAAGUUGUUGGUGGUAGCUUGAGGGCACUGAUCGAAAAGCUCACUGCUCAUGAGUCCACUCCCGAUGCUCUGUUUGUUUCUACCUUUUACCUUACCUUCCGCCUGUUUGCCUCUCCUAUGGAUUUUGCAGAAGCGCUUGCAGACCGAUAUGACUAUAUCGCGGACACACCGAAUGCAGCCGGUCCUGUUCGGUUACGAGUUUACAACAUUUUCAAGGGCUGGCUAGAGACUCACUGGCGCCAUGAUUGCGAUAUCAUCGCCCUUCCUUUCAUUAUCGAAUUUUCUAAGAACAAGUUGAUGGAAGCUCUGCCUAAUGCUGGCAAUCGCCUGGUUGAGCUUGCUGAGAAGGUCUCGACUGCAGACGGCGCUAUCGUUCCACGUCUCGUCUCCUCGAUUGGCAAGACAAACACAUCGAUUGCACAAUACGUCUCCCCUGAGACUCCACUACCUGCACCGGUCAUUAGCAAAAGUCAGCUUAAUCUCUUGAAGCAAUGGAGGAAUACUGGGUCAACAAUCAGCAUUCUCGACUUCGACCCAAUGGAGUUAGCUCGGCAAAUCACCAUCAAAGAGUCAAGUAUCUUCUGCUCUAUCCUGCCUGAAGAGCUUCUCGCUACCGAGUGGAUGAAGAAGAGCGGGUCAUUGGCUGUCAAUGUCCGCGCUAUGUCGACCCUUUCCACUGACUUGGCCAACCUGGUUGCUGAUUCCAUUCUUCACCUGGAAGAACCCAAGAAACGAGCACUCAUCAUCAAGCAUUGGGUGAAGAUUGCCAACAAGUGUCUUGAAUUGAACAACUACGACUCUUUGAUGGCCAUCAUUUGUUCAUUGAACUCCUCUACUAUUGUCCGAUUGAAGAAGACCUGGGAGUUGGUGUCGCAAAAGACGAAGACGACUUUGGAUUCGCUGAAAGAAGUCGUUGACGUUUCCCGAAAUUAUGCUGUCCUUCGCCAGCGCUUGCAAAACUGUGCCCCGCCAACUUUACCUUUUGUUGGUGUUUACCUCACCGAUUUGACCUUUGUCGACCACGGAAACCCAGCCACUAGAAAUCUUCAAGAUGGUGGCAUGACAGUUAUCAACUAUGACAAGCACGUCAAAACUGCCAAAAUCAUCAGCGAGCUUCAACGAUUCCAAAUCCCCUACCGUCUUACCGAAGUGCCCGAGUUACAAACAUGGAUGCAAGAUCAGUUCGUUCGGGUGCGCUCGGCUGGCGAGAAGAGCUUCCAAAACUACUACCGACGAUCCCUUAUCCUCGAACCCAGAGAAACGCCACGAGCAGGCUCUACCGAUGCAGCUGCAUCCGCUCCUUCGCGAGAGGUCACCAAAGACCGAUUCGACUUUCUGACUUGGUCACACAAUUCUAAAGCCAAAUCUGUGGCUACCACCAGUUAA